AUGACGACCUUCUUCCUUUUCGCGCUCUUCCUCAGCGCCUUCUUGACGGCCUCCGCGGCGUCAAAUUACCACGAGAGUCUUAACCUACAACCACUUCCACCAUCGUCCCUCCUCGCCUCGUUCAACUUCAAGAGCAAUACCACACAAACGUCCUUUGAGAAACAACAUUUCCAAUAUUUCCCUCGAGCCCUCGGCCAGAUUCUACAGCACGCAAAUACCCGGGAGCUACACCUCCGCUUCACCACUGGAAGAUGGGAUUCUGAAAGUUGGGGUUCUCGCCCUUGGGAUGGAGCCAAAGAAGGUGGCACGGGUGUUGAAUUGUGGGCUUGGAUUGACGCCCAGAAUGAUGAGACAGCUUUUGCCAAGUGGAUCACCCUGGCACAGUCACUCUCUGGGCUUUUCUGUGCGUCGUUGAAUUUUAUAGACUCAACGAGAACUACCAGACCUGUGGCUUCGUUUGAGCCGGCUGGUGACCAUAUUGUCUCCGAGAACCUGCACCUACUUCAUGGGACCCUGCCUGGAGAGGUUGUCUGUACGGAGAACCUGACGCCAUUCUUGAAGCUCUUACCCUGCAAGGGGAAGGCCGGAGUAGCUAGUUUGCUCGACGGACAUAAAUUGUUUGAUGCUGCCUGGCAGAGCAUGUCAAUUGACGUGCGCCCUGUUUGCGCUGGGACCGAGUGUCUUGUGCAAAUCGACCAGACUGUAGACAUAGUCUUGGAUAUUGACCGGUCGAAACGCUCAAGGACCAACCCCAUUCCCCGUCCUGUUCCGGGCGACAAGCUGGACUGUGACACCUCAAAACCGUACCAUGCGGGAGAUACCUGCUAUCCGCAAGAGAAUCCAGGAGAGAAGGCAUGGAGCAUUACAGAGCUCUUCGGACGCAGCAUCGGCGGCUCUUGCCCGUUAGCGGACAGCCAGGGCAGCGACGAGACUGUCUGCCUGCGUAUAGCUCCUGAAAGGGAAGUGCGCCCGUCGCCAGAUUCAGUUAAAACACGGUUCGCGGACGAAUUCACUCAAUGCUUCACGCCACUACCAUCUACAGCCUUUGACCUGGCGGUAUCGGAGCAAGAGGUUCAGUCCAGCGUUCCACUAGACGAGCCAGUUUUGUAUGCGGAGAGAACAAUUGUUGGCCAUGGACAGGAGAGAGGCGGAAUGCGUAUCAUCUUCGAUAACCCUUCCUCUACCGAGACUGUUGACUUCAUCUAUUUCGAGUCUCUUCCAUGGUUUCUCCGGCCCUAUAUACACACUCUGCAAGCGACAAUCACAGGACGCGACGGCGUUCGCCGACAAGUCCGCACUUCGGAAAUCAUCAAAGAAACAUUUUAUCGCCCAGGAAUUGACCGCGAACGCGGUACACAACUAGAACUCGGCCUGUCCGUUCCCCCAGCUUCUAGAGUGACAUUAAACUACGACUUUGAAAAGGCCAUCUUGCGCUACACGGAAUACCCACCUGACGCAAACCGAGGAUUCAACGUCGCCCCCGCCGUUAUCAAGGUUUCUUCCCCUGAAGCCGGAAGGCCGAUCUACCUCCGCACAACCAGCCUUCUUCUACCGCUCCCAACACCUGACUUCAGUAUGCCGUAUAACGUCAUUAUCCUUACGAGCACCGUGAUUGCCCUUGCCUUUGGAAGCAUCUUUAAUCUUCUAGUCCGCCGCUUCGUGACUGCUGAGGAGGCUUCUGCUUUAAGAGCACAAACUCUCAAAGGCCGUUUAGGUGGGAAGAUCGUCGCCCUACGUGAUAAAAUCCGCGGGAAGAGCUCUAAGGUCGAGUAG